GAUCACAGCCAUGCCGAUGACGACGUUGAUGAUGACGAUGAUAUGACCAAUCACAAUAACCGAGACAACAAUGAAAAGAAGCCCAACAACACAGACUCAACAAACGUCAUAAAAGAUGAUGGCGCACUGGCAAAGCUGUCAACAACAUCAACAAAGUCAGAUAAAUGGAAGAAGUUGACAGUAUUGUUUCUCAUUAUCAACAUUGGAUUCCCAUUGUACCUUGCUUACAACACACCGACAUCAAUGGUGAAGUUACUCGACACUCUCUAUGACAUGGAUGCCGAACAAUUCUCAAGACUCUACUCAGUCUAUGCCCUGCCAAAUCUAAUAAUGGUGUUCCUUGGAGGAAUACUUGUCGACCUGUUUGGCGCAAACAAGUGUAGCAUAAUAUUUCAAUCAAUCUUAUUCUCAUCUGCCAUAUUGGCAGCUUUAAGUUCACUCAACACCAGCUAUUCUAUGCUUCUAUUCUCAAGAGUGUUGCUUGGUAUUGGAGGCGAGACAUUGUUGGUGUGUGUCAGUACAUUCAUUGCCCAAUGGUUCUCAAGCAAUGAGAUGCCAUUUGUAAUGGGCAUAGAGUCAACAUGGGUACAAUUCGCCAGUCUAUUGGCAUUUGGAGCAUUGCCAUCACUUAGAGAGGCAACUAGUAUACCCUUCACUCUUUGGUUCGUGGCCUUUGUUGCCCUCACUGCCUUAGUAUUGAAUAUUGUCUUUGUUGUAUUCCAAUCAAAGUUGAGAUAUAAUAAUGACGAACAAAAUAAUUAUAACAACUUGGAGAGCAAGGUUGAAGAGUUGGGAAUUGAUGAUGACACUCUGCCAGAGACUGAUCCAGAUGCUUUUAAUAUCCAACAAAUGGAAGUUAUACAAUUGAAAGAUGAUGAUGUGGAUGAGAAUGCACCUAUCGACGUGUCAUCAAUGUCAUCAUUACAAAGAGUCAAACACGAGUUGUGGAAAGCAGUGUCAUUGAUCAAGGACAUACCUCAAAAGAUGUGGAUACAUGCUGUAAUCUGUUUCUUUGGAUAUAGUGCAUUCUAUGGAUUGGAUAUCAUUGCUACGGACAUGAUCAUCGAGAAGUAUGGAUACACCGAUGCCAGAGCUGCCAUGGUGAUGGCAUCGGAAACACUGUGCACCGGACUGAUGGGUCCAUUAUUUGGAUACGCCAUCAAACGAACAGAGAUGCGAGCCACCAUCGUCGGCAUUGGUAUCAUCAUCAUGGGUGUUGGAAUCAUCAUUCUGACCUUGACCACAUCCACUCCAUUCCCAUGGUAUGUGGUUAUAAUGAGUGGAUUUGGAUAUGGAAUGAUGAACAAUGGACUGAUGUCAUCUGUGCCUUUGAUAGUUGAAGAACGUAUUAUUGGCACGUCAUAUGGACUGGUUGGCACAUCGUAUAAUGUUGGCAUUGUAUUGUUUCCAUUGAUAUUGGGAGUCUGUAGAAAGACCUUUGGUAACUACAACUUUGCCAUGUGGAUCCUUGUACUUAGCUCCAUCUUGGCCCUUGUAUUCCUACUCUGGUUAAAGAUGCUUGAUCUGAAACAAACUGACAACUCCAAGCGAUUGGAUAAGAAGAGA